GCGUCUGAAUCCACGCCUGCCUACAGCACUUUCAGUUCUGGACAGCUGGCGCUGAUUUGAUUUUUGCUUCUGAUUCGUUUCCCUAGAAGCUGUGUAAUCUCUGCAUCCGUGUGUCUGCGGCAGAAUAGCAUAACUCCAUGACGUCACAGUUUGCUGCUCCAGAGUAGGUCAGUCUGGCAUGCAAUCGCGGAGGGCUCAUUAGAUGUUCUUUCUGCUGGAGGGGGAGUUCUUCACCAUGGGAUUGUGGUCACUUGGUCUUGGGGCCAUUGGGGCAGCGGUUGCUGGGAUCUUCCUGGCAAACACAAACCUGCUACUGACAAAACCAGCCGCGGCAUCCUUGGAAUAUCUCGAAGAGACAGAGCUACAGACUCUGGGUGAAGACAAGAGGACCUUUAAAGCCAAGGAGCUCUGGGAGAAGACUGGGGCGGUGAUCAUGGCUGUCAGGAGACCUGGAUGAUUUCUGUGCAGAGAGGAGGCCUCGGAGCUGUCCUCUCUGAAGCCCGAGCUUGAGCAUCUUGGGGUUCCUCUCUACGCUGUGGUGAAGGAAAACGUGGGCACGGAGGUGAAUCAGUUCAAUCCUCAUUUCAAGGGGGAGGUCUUUCUCGAUGAGAAGAGGCGUUUCUACGGCCCUCACAAGCGUAGGAUGGGUGUAAGGGGGCUGUUUCGUCUCGGAGUGUUGCGAAACUUCUUCCGGGCCUGGAAGAAGGGAUACCAGGGCAAUGUGGAGGGGGAAGGGUUUAUCCUCGGGGGAGUCUUUGUCAUUGGCAAAGAUAAACAGGGCAUCCUUCUAGAACACCGGGAGAAGGAAUUUGGGGAUAAGGCUAACAUCACUUCUGUCAUUGAAGCUGCCAGAAAGAUUCAAGUCCAGAAAGAGGAAUAAAAGAUUUAACUACAACUAUAUCUGAGCUGUACUUUCCAAACUGGUGGAAACAGCAUUUACAUUGAUUCCCACUUCAAGCAGUGAUUUUAUCAUGACAUGCAAUUCUUUUUGGACAACGCUAGAGGGCACUCAUGUAGCUGUUUUAUGUACGUAUUCUGUAUCCUGUUCUGCCAGGCUGCAUAUUAAAUAUACAAAAGACACUAGCUUGAGUUUCACCCAUGACUUUCCUAGAAGUACAGACAGUCCUUCUUUAAAAUAAUACAACACUUCACUUCCCCUUGGUUACAUGGAUAAAUACAUUUUAAAAAAUAUGAAGAUACAGAAAUACACAUUUAAAAGCCCAUAGAUCGCUCAGAAGGAAACUGAAUUCAUAAAAAAAAAUACUUGAAUCGUCUUUUAAAAUGUGUGUAUUAAACCAAUAUUGUUUUAGAUAGUUUGCAAAAAGAAAAUGAAUCUCAUUUUAGAACUGAAAAUCGUGUUGUUAAUGCCUGGUGAAUGAAGCUGAUUCGAGUCUGGGUUUUUUUUUUUUCUGACUCUGUUUUCACGUGAUGUUAACUAACAUUAACCCUGUGCUCUCAGUCCAGCCCAGUUGUGUGUGCCGUACAGGCCCUUUCAGACUGCCUGCUGGUAUUGUGAUCCAGUGCUGUAUUGAUGACAGUCUGUGUAUAAACCACUGUGGGGAUACAGGCUUGAUACUUACAGCUACAGAUCCAAAUGCUAACAGAUAUACUGAACGUGUAACAGCAAUAUUAAAAACCUCAGCAAUA